AGUUGUAUAAACAACUAAAAAAAAACAUCGAAAAGAUCUCGAUUUUUAAAAAUAAAUUUUUUUAUUUCAAAAUCAUGGAAUGGAUCUUGGAAAAAAUAUGUAAUAGAUCUCAGUUCAGUUAACUGGAUGGAAGUAUAAACAGACAUGACAUUAAAUGAACAUGCGUACGGACAGACUGCGAUAUUAGAAAUUUGCCAAUGGAUCAGAAAAUUUUGUCGCUCUAGGACGUUACUCAUCAUCAGUGGAAUAAAUCGCGAUAACAGAACAAAUAAAGCUAAAAAUGAAUCGUAAUAGUCGCGGUCGUAAUAGUCCAUCGUAAUCGUCGCGGCAACUAUUACGAUGAAAAGAUGUAGUACAGUUCGCUCGAAUUUUCACACAUUAUUAGUUUGAACGGAUUUAAGUUGAUAAUAGGAGUGAAUUGAUGUACAAUUGACUACAUUUAACUUUGUAGUACCAUCAAAACAUGGGUUAAUCUAUUACAUUCAAUGGUAUGGGAUUUAUAUGAUCAUUUUAAAGAUUGGCUUCAUUCAGCACGUUUAUUAGAUUUUUCUCGUUUUUUACCACUAAUAUUUUGUACGUGCCGAUAUGGCCUCAUAGAAUUUACCUGUGGUCGUGCAGUUGGUAUGAUGAUGUUAUGGGGUACUCGACAAAUGCCACAAGAAAUUGGAAAACGUCGAGGAAAAGGUCGUCCGAAAAAAGUAAAAUAUGCAAAAGACUAA